AUAUGGACAGCAGUGCGCAAGCGCUUAUCCGGAGUAUUCACAAUGGCCAAACUAAAAAGCCUCCAACCGCUCUCUAUUUCCAAAUCAAAUGAAUUAGUACAACGUAUUAGUAUGGAAAAGAGUGAAAAUUUAAGUCUUAGGAGUCUAUUCUCCGACAUAACAACAGACAUUAUAGGCGCAGCAGCGUUCGGCGUGGCGGGAGACGCGACCCUCACGGGAGACAGUCCGAUGAGGGCCGUGACCAGGGAGUUCAUGAAAUUUUCCCUGGGCAGGGGCAUCGCGUGGUGCAGUAUAUUCUUCUGGCCGGAACUCGUUGAUGUUUUUAGAUUUACAUUAUUUCCAAAAUCAUCUAUAAGGUAUUUUAAAAAAGUAUUUCAACUAUUAAUUGAGAAAAGAAAAUAUAAUGUUGAUAAAGGAGAAGAUGCCAAGGAUUUACUUGGUGCUUUAGUUAAAUUGAAGCAGGAAAAAGAAUGUGAAGACGUUGUAUUCACAGAUGAUUUAAUAGUAUCUCAAGGGGCUAUAUUCCUUCAAGGAGGCUACGACACAUCCGCCGUGACGUUGGCUUUUUGUGUAUAUGAGUUGGCGUUUAAUGCUGAUUAUCAGGAAAGGUUAUACAGAGAAUUAUUGGAAGCCAAAAUUAAUAAUAAUAAUGCUGAAUUGGAUACACAAACACUAUCCCAGCUUGUGUAUUUAAAUUGUGUUAUAAAAGAAACAUUAAGAAUGUAUCCAGCCAUGGGUUGGUUAGAUAGAAUCGCGGCAAACGACUAUAAAAUAGACGAAAAACUGACCAUCAAAGCUGGAACACCAAUCUACGUGAACGCUGUUGGAAUGCAUUAUGAUCCUAAAUACUUCCCGAAUCCUAGGAAAUUCAUGCCAGACCGAUUUUUGCCAGAAAAUGAGAAGAAUAUAAUACCGUACACUUAUAUGCCGUUUGGAGAGGGACCUAGAAAUUGUAUAGGGUCACGCUUUGCCAAAAUGAACCUACAGCACAUACUAUCACGUGUCGUAUUAGCCUACGAAAUACGACCUCAGCCAAAUUCACCAAAACCGUGUGAGGUAAAAAUGGAGAAACAUGCGCUUUUCUUGGCUCCCGGGGAAAAUCUAUACGUUGAUUUUAUACCUAGAAAAUAGAUAAUAAAUGUUAUUUUCAAUAUAUAAAAAGGUUUUUUUUCACUA